AUGUCAAACAUUCUUAGUGUAGGUGCAAUUCAGGAUAUAUUUAAUCCUAGUAGUAGGAGUCCAGAGAAACCGGUGCUUCAGGUUGCAAAAGUCAUUCAGAGCGACUACUCCCAACCACGUCCGCCAAGACUCAAAGUUGCUUUUAACGAUGGGUGUGAACUUGCGCAGGGUAUUAUCUCAGUUAAUUUGGUAGAAAAAGUAAGCGGAGAUUUAAAAAGAGGUCAACUUCUCAGGUUGACUCAUUACAAUUGUAUUAUUAAGCGUAGUCCGGAAAGUCAAGAAAGUCAGAAGAUAAUAAUCGUUACGGACUAUGAAAUGGCCAGUAGCGAGUUACAUCGAAUCUUUAGUAAUUUGCCUCGGGUUCAAACCAUUAAACGUACUUCAUAUAAUAAAUCCAUGCAACAAGUAAUUACGUCCGGACCUAGUUACACCAUCGGUGAAGAGUUCUUUCCCAUAGGUUCACUUAGCCCGUAUUUUAAUGCGUGGAAGAUAGAAGCCAUUGUCGGUACAAAGACCGAUAUAAAAUAUUGGCAAAAUGAUAAUGGAAGCGGAAAAUGGUUCGCAGUAGUUCUUUUUGAUAGUAGUGGUGAAAUACGAGCAACGGCUUUCGAACAACAAGUUGAUGAUUUUUAUGAUCAACUACAAGUUGGAAAACUAUAUUCGAUUUCUAAAGCAAGAAUCAAUAUGGCCAACAAGAAAUAUUCGACAGUCAAAAAUGAUUACGAACUUAUUUUUGGCAGAGAAACCAUGAUUAUAGAGGUUCUUAAUAAGGAUCCUCACGUAUUUAUUCCAUUCAAUUUUGUUAAAAUCGCCGAUUUAUUCGAAUAUGAAAAAGAUGACAUUAUCGAUAUUAUAGGCAUCGUUAUUGAUGUUAGCGAUAUUCAAGAAAUAACGACUAGAACCACACGGAAAAAUGUCAAUAAACGCACUAUUAUAAUUGGUGAUCAAAGUAAAUAUCAGGUUGCAUUAACUUUGUGGAGUUUACGAGCCGAACAAUUUGACAGCUCUAUCUCAAAUCAUAUCAUCGCAUGCAAGAAUGUACGUGUUGGAGAUUUUAGCGGAAGGAGUCUUUCAGCAAUCUUUGAUAGCACGAUAAUCAUUGAUCCAAAUAUUCAAGAAACGAAGGAAUUACGCGAUUGGUAUAAUUCUGACGGAACAUAUUCAAAAUUUACCCCUUUGAAUAUAUCAAGUUCUAGAGUGCAAUACGUAGAUGACAUCAAAACAGUAGAACAAGUUAAAUACGAAAGACUUGGACAAAACAGUAACUUUGAUUACUUUUCAAUACUGGUAACCGUUUUGAACGUAAAAAAAGACGGCAGUGAAUGGCAAUGUGCGAAAUGUAUGCAGUCUUAUCCCGAACCCGAACAUAAAUACAUAAUGACGGCUAAUGUUGCGGACUCUACUGACGGCAUGAUGUUGAAAUUCUUUAAUGAACCUGCAAUUAGUAUUAUGAAGCGCGAAGCAAAAGAACUUGUCCGACUGGAGGAUGAGGAUAAAGAUCUUUAUGAUGCCUGCUUUGAAGAGGCGUGCUUUAAAUCUUACAUUAUCAAAUGUCGCGCAAAAAAUGAAACAUAUACAGAGCGAGAAACAAAUGCAGAGCGAAGCACAGUUCGAUACUUCGGAAUGUCAGUAAUUCCAAUUGAUUACACUGGGUUAUGA